UUUACUUGGAAAUUCAACUUCAGCAUAAACAUGAAAACGGAUGCACCUAUUGCAAGUUACUGACUUCUGAAGGAUUCUUUAGUAAAUUUAAUCCGAAACAGAAAAAUGUUCUCAAGGACAACCAGAUUCUGCAGAACCAACCGUACCCAGACGGUUUGGUUCAAAUGUACGAUUCGAAGUAGAACAUUGACAACACACCAGGUGCUAGCCUGAACAGGACUACAUGAAAAGAAUCAAUAUUAUGACCGCCCAGUUGAUCGCCUUCCGGAAAUAAGUGGUUUCAGGAUACAAUCUCGCUGAUCCUUAAAACGAUCCCAAGAUAUGAUAAUGAAUAAUGCAAGUUUGGAGUAUGUUUGGAUCAACACAACAACCGAUAAUAGAACUUUCGACUUCGACCUCUACGAUCUCAAUGGGAACUGCUGUCUGCCUACCGGUCAGCCUGAUUUUCAGGAGUAUCUCGAGUCGAUGUCCAAUGAUCGUGUCAGUCUGCUAACGUUCCUGUUCCUAUUCUCGUUUGCCACCGUUUUCGGUAACUCACUCGUUAUUUUGGCUGUUGUCCGUGAGCGAUAUUUGCAUACGGCGACGAAUUACUUCAUAACAAGCCUGGCUGUGGCUGAUUGUCUAGUGGGGCUCGUGGUGAUGCCAUUUUCCGCCCUCUACGAGGUUCUACAGAAGACUUGGUUUUUCGGGACGGAUUGGUGUGAUAUCUGGCGGUCGUUGGAUGUCCUUUUCAGUACGGCGUCUAUACUGAAUCUGUGCGUGAUUUCGCUGGACCGGUACUGGGCGAUAACAGAUCCUUUUUCGUAUCCGAUGCGUAUGACGCGAAACAGAGCGGUAAUGCUCAUCUGUGCAGUGUGGAUAUGUUCGGGUGCAAUAAGUUUUCCCGCGAUAGUGUGGUGGAGGGCUGCACGUGAGGGCGACAUGCCCCCAUACAAAUGUACAUUCACAGAACAUUUAGGCUAUUUAGUGUUUUCGUCGACAAUAUCUUUUUAUCUACCGCUUUUAGUAAUGGUUUUCACUUAUUGUCGUAUUUAUCGUGCUGCCGUCGUACAAACCCGAUCUCUUAAGAUCGGUACAAAACAAGUACUGAUGGCUUCGGGGGAAUUGCAACUAACGCUUCGUAUUCAUCGCGGCGGGACUACCCGUGAGCCGCAUCAUCACUCUCAUCAACAUCAUCAUCACCACUCUUCCGCGACUACCACGUCAACGCCCGAGGAGCCAGAGGAGGAACCUUUGUCCGCCCUGCAUAACAACGGCUUGGCACGUCAUCGUCAUCUGGGAAAGAAUUUUUCACUUUCCCGGAAACUGGCGAAAUUCGCGAAGGAGAAGAAAGCGGCCAAAACGUUAGGAAUCGUGAUGGGCGUGUUUAUUGUUUGUUGGCUGCCAUUCUUUGUAGUUAAUUUAUUAUCGGGUUUUUGUAUUCAAUGUAUAGCACAUGAAGAAAUUGUCUCGGCCGUGGUCACGUGGCUAGGCUGGAUCAAUUCAAGUAUGAAUCCUGUAAUAUAUGCGUGUUGGAGUCGUGAUUUUAGAAGAGCUUUCGUUAGAAUACUGUGUGUAUGCUGUCCUAGGAAGAUAAGAAGAAAAUAUCAGCCGACGAUGCGCUCGAAAUCACAGUGCCACGUUGCAGCCAUGGUGGCGACGUCGACAUCAGUCAGCUACUCGUCAGUUAACCAGUUCGAUAGCAACCGGUCGAUUAUGUGACGACAGCUUAGCAGUUGCAGCUCCUGUAGCGGGAGCAGCAGCUGCGGCAGAAACGGUAGCCAAAGGGAGCGUGGGAAUAGUUGUACCCGAUGCCAGAGCUUCCAUCGACAUCACUUUCGAAGGGGUCGACGUCGAAACAGCCAACUGAAAAUGUCCACACUACAGUCACCACCGUCAUCGAUAGCACAACCAACCAUCGUUACAACAACGGGUAGUAGCCAUCAAUCGGCCGGAAAACAUUGCACCUUUGCAACCACCACCACCACUAUCCCGAACGUAUCAGACCAUCAUAGCAGUCUGCUUCCACCACAGACUCUCCUGCGUACCGGCGGAAUGCGUAAAAAAUCGACAAUUAGAGGGGAGCGGACAUCCCUGGACGAUCUCACGCAACAUAAACCACUUCAAAAGUGCCCGAGCGCACAGAGCCAAAGUUCCAAUAGCAGCAAUUCAUCCACCAUUAGGAUAAUUGACUAGACAAUUCGGGAAGAACUGGAGGCAUCAAUAACGCAGCAACAGCAGGAACCAACCUCGUCUACGUACUAAUGAAUUUCUUCUGGACAAUAAACCUUGUUUGAGUGGUAAAUAGUCAGGCAAAACAUUCAAUGUUUUAAUAGUUUCGAUCCUUUGAAUGGUCUCCCGGUAUUUGGCGAAUUACUAAUUGUUAUUGUUUAAGUUAAAUAGGAAGUAUGCACGCAUCUCAAUUACGAAGGUCCUUAGAGAAGAAUUACGGUUAUUAGUGCUAGGAAAAAGAGUGAAA